AUGACCAAUAUUGUUAGACCUACCACUCUCCAAAUGCUUCGUAAGUCCAAGGACAAAUUAGGAUUUUUACGACAUGUUAGAGAUCUUUUGAAUCUGCUCAAAUCUCCAACAGAAGAGAGCACCGAAGGAGAUGCGCCUCCCGCUAACGGAUCCAUCAUCACUAUGACCUUGAAGAAUAAUCAUUUGAUUGUGGAGACUGAAGAGAGGAAUGAUAUCACCAGAAAUGGGCGUGAAACCAAGAUGAAAUACUCACCAGACAACGAUGGCGUUUUUGUCGUUGAAGUACAACAGUCAACUGCCUACAGACCUAACAAAACGAUAGUCAAUUCCCCUCCUCAUGACCCUCAAAUCUCUACCAACCAAGCUCUCAUACACCGUGUCCCCGAGGAAGUAGAUAAGAAGAUUGAAGAGGUUAGCGAAAAAAGUAGCAGCAAGUUUGAAACUAAAAUUCAUGCAUUAUCUAGCACUGGCCUAUCCAUCUCUGAUUUGAGCAUGUCGUCAAUAGGUUCUCACAACGUUAGUUACUCUUACAGUAGCCAGAUGGGGUAUGAACAAGGGCCCUUUGGGUAUCCAGUCUAUGCUGGUUACGACGUAACAUACACCAACGGUCCUGAAAGCAUCGUAUAUGACAAUUCACAAGAACCUUUGAUAAGCAAAACUCCAACCGAUCCUGAUAAACCCGUAGUUACUGCCGCAAUUUUCAAGCAAGACUCAAUUAUAGGAAGCGAUGCCUUACAAGGUCCAGGGUACUGUAUUGAAGGAUCGACAGAUGGACCUUUAUUAUCCGACGUCCAAGCAAGAGAGUACAGUUUACAGCAUCUUCACGAUCAGAAAAAAAUGGAAAAUGGAAUAGCAGUUCCUCCAAUUGUGACCGAAAAAGUUGAAAGCGCGAAACCUUUAAAUCGAGUUGAUAGUCUUCCUACGCGGUUAGAGGACGAUGUAGAAAAGCUUCCAAUGAAGACAAUUAAUGAAGAUGAAUGCCUUCGAAAGGAUACGCUGAAGAGUAAGAGAUCUUUACCAAUCGUAAAGACCGAUGCUGUGUACGAAUCAGUUCGAGAGAUUUUGCCUUCAGGAUCACCGAAGUUUGAAAAGUUAAUGAACGAGUCACCACCCGGGGAUGGUAUAUAUGACUCUCCUCCAAUGAUCACCAUCACAGAAGAAAGUGAAUCAAGCAAGAGUGAUGGCACAAGCUAA